CGUGCAUCCACCCACACCACAGUCUUCCACCUCAUCGGCCUCUCUGUGCUCUCCAUGUUCCCCUCUGAGCAUGCUUGCCGUAUUUAGACAACAUCCACGACCAUGCAUCUCAUCAAGCCACUGUGGUUGACGCACCCAGGCGAACUCAAGGACUUCGAAGUAUACAGCUGCCACGUUUCCCCUGAUGGAUCGCGCCUCGUAACAGCUGCCGGAGAUGGUCACGUGCGAAUAUGGUCCACUGAGGCCAUUCUCAAUUCUGCGAACCCUGAGUAUACGAAGCCUAAGCAGCUUGCGGCCAUCAGCCACCACUCAGGCACCAUCCACGCUGUUCGCUUUUCGUCUAACGGGAAAUACCUUGCAUCAGGCGCAGACGACAAGAUUGUCUGCGUCUACGCCCUAGACCCGCACGCGCCUACACACGUUUCUACAUUCGGGUCGAAUGAGCCGCCGCCGGUCGAGAAUUGGCGAGUCCUCCGCCGCCUUAUCGGGCACGACAAUGAUGUCCAAGACCUCGGGUGGUCUCACGACUCUUCAAUACUGGUCUCCGUGGGGCUGGACUCGAAGGUUGUGGUCUGGUCGGGACACACUUUCGAAAAACUAAAGACAUUGUCGAACCAUCAGAGCCAUGUCAAAGGCAUUACCUUUGAUCCUGCGAACAAAUACUUUGCAACUGCAAGCGAUGACAGGACUAUCAAAAUCUACCGCUUCACUUCUCCGCCUCCAAACGCAACUCCCCAGGAUCAGGUCAACAACUUCAUGCUGGAACACGUGAUUACAGAGCCCUUCGCACUGUCACCCCUAACCACGUACUUUCGUCGAUGCUCGUGGUCGCCCGAUGGCGCACACAUCGCGGCGGCGAACGCUACGAAUGGACCUGUCAGCUCUGUCGCAAUUAUAGCUCGUGGAACGUGGGAUGGAGACAUUAACUUGAUCGGUCACGAAGGUCCCGUUGAAGUGUGUGCCUUUUCUCCUAGGAUGUUUCAUAGAGAUCCACCAAGACCGGACAACAUUGAUGCAAAUGGGAAUUCUUCACAGCACUCGGUGACCGUCGUUGCGUGUGCUGGCCAGGACAAGACCCUUAGCAUCUGGAAUACGAGUUACGCCCGACCGUUCAUAAUUACGCAGGAGCUGGCUAUGAAAUCCAUAUCCGACCUUGCUUGGGCGCCUAACGGAGAGACGUUGUAUAUCACAAGCUUGGAUGGAAGCAUCAUGGCUAUGGUAUUUGAACCUGGAGAGCUUGGCUAUCCGGCAUCGUUACAUGAGAAUGAGAAGUCCUUGUCAAAGUUUGGCGCAGGCAGAAGAGUUGGCAUUGUUGAGGGGACAGAUGCAUUACUACUUGAAGAAAGCAGCAAGGCUGGAGAACACAAAGCUGUUCAGGGCAGAAUGGGCGCCCUGAUGGGGGAUGGCGGUGCUCAUCACUCUGCGCCAGUCACUAAUGGUACGAAUAGUACAUUACCUGCUCUUACGAACGGCUCUGCGAUCACUCAAACACCAGCCGCUCCGACAGAACCCCCACCGGACCAAAGAGUGGAAAAACUAAAGCAGCGUGUCACCGUUACUAAAGACGGUAAGAAGCGCAUAGCGCCUAUGCUUGUGUCAUCGUCUUCCGGGAUGGGGGAAUCGUCCCUGCCUCAAACGCAACUUAUAUCUACGACCGCUACAGCGAGCGCACGGAGUGAUAAUCCCCACAAUAUUCUAGACCUCUCGAAACCAUACGAUGGAUUCCCGAAAGGUGGUUUAGCUUCUAUGGUAAUUGGAAAUAAGAGGAAAUUUGCUGAGAUAGAGGGGGACGAAGCUCGACAAGUUGAGAGACGACUGCUAAACUCUGCCCGGAGCGGGGGGGCUGCUAUCGUAUUUAACAGUGAAAAUGGUGUUAUCCCACCAGCUGCGGCCGCCUCAAGACCCACAGACACGGAGUCGCCGAGAGUCCUCCGGCCAGCAAUUGUCAAUCCUUCGUUGAGUAUUAGUCAGGUGCGUUUGGCAGUGCCAAAGUUGAGGAGCGUCAUUGUUCGGACAAUGGACGGCAAUGAGCCUCCUUCGGCCAAUGGCGUGGAUCCCAGUACGGGCGGGAAAACCCAAAACGAGGACACCGUCAUGUUAGAAGCCAAGAAUGCUACGGGCCCUUCCCGGACCGGACGUCCACAAGACCAUGACCCAGCAAGAAUUAAUUGCACCAAAAAGGGACAGUCACUCUGGCAAGAUUUCCUACCAAAAGCAGUACUACUCGUUACAGGGAACGUUAAUUUCUUUGCUGCAGCAUGCGAAGAUGGAUCCAUAUACGCAUGGACACCUGCGGGCCGACGAACACUCAAUGCCUUGAUCAUGGAAGCGCAGCCUGUUAUUAUGGACUGUCGAGGCUGGUGGCUCAUGUGCAUAACAGCAGUGGGAAUGUGCUAUGUAUGGAACUUGCAGUCAAUGUCCUCGCCUCACCCACCGAUAUCCCUUGCGCCCAUACUGGACAUCGCCGCACACACCCAAGGACCACAUCUUACCCGAUCUCCCGGCAUCAUCUUCGCCCGGCUGAAUUCAGAAGGUCGCAUCAUUGUGGCUAUGUCUAAUGGCGAUGGCUACACUUACUCGCCAGACAUGUAUAUUUGGCAGCGCAUAUCUGAACCUUGGUGGGCUGUGGGAAGCCAAUACUGGAAUACAACGGAUUCAUCGGUCAGUAAUGUCAAGUCAUCAGCCGAUAAAGCGCUAGCAAAGGAGAAAGAUGACCAAGUGUCUAUUGAGAAUGUAUCCGCUGGUAUCAUUCCUAUGCUCGAGCGCAACACAACGAAUCAAUUCCUGCUCCAAGGUCGCGCCUUCUAUCUCCAACGUCUUAUCAAAGCCCUUAUUUCAGCUGAGGGUUACGAAACCUUCGAGGCUUGCGUUUCAGUUGCCCACCUCGAGAACAGGGUUGCAGCUGCGAGAACUCUUGGCGCACGGGAAGAGUUCAAAAUUUAUCUUUCUAUGUACGUUAAGAGGAUUGGUGCUGAGGGCAUGAAGGGCAAGAUUGAGGAGCUGUUGAGGAGUUUGACGGGGGAUCUGCUUGCUGAAGGUGCGGAUGCGGAGAAGGCCGAGGAUGAACUGAUCUGCGGGUGGAGAAAAGAAGAACUGCUCAGGGAGGUUGUGCUGAUACUUGGCAAACACCGCGAUCUCCAGCGCAUAACGGUGCCAUACGCACGGCUGCUCGGCGUCGUGCAUGAGCGGCAGGAUGACCACGCUAUGAUUACGGACGCGUAGAAUACCGGUUGGAUCUACGCGGAGGCGUUUUGGUUUGGGUCCGGGCAGAAAAGCAUUCACGGAAGUGACAUGGGUAUUCAUAGUGUGCGAUGCUCCCAUAGAGCAAUGCUUUUGUUCGAAUAGAUAAGGUCGGAAUUGUAAUAGUAACCAUGACAUAUACGUUGUCAGAACAAAAAGGUGGACGUGGUGUGGACAAGAAGACCAAAAGCUUUCCC